GUCUUUGCACUGAAUGGAAAUGUGAUCAACUUUAGUUUCUACAAAUGCUUUCAAGAGGCCAUUUGUUUCUCACACUGUGAGAGGACGCAUCUUUGGUGCAGCAGUGUUGGCUGCAGUAACACACAAUGUCUACAGAAUGCCACUUUAGCAUCUCUGACUGAUGAAAAGCCUGCAUUGUUUGUCUGUUUUUGUCUUUUUUACCCCACAAUUAAAAAAAAAAAAAACUCUAUUCAGUCAAUUUCGAUCCCAUACUGGACUCAGCAAAAUUCUUAAUGUGUCAUGACAUCCAGCACCUUCCUCCAGCUUGACGGUUUUCCAUCACCAUUAGAUGCUCUGCACAUCCCAAUGAAUAGAACGGAUGGGACUUUAAAGCGCCGGUCUGUUUGAGAGUCUCUGCUAGAAGACGUGGGGAUGAUCCAGAGGCCUGACAUGACUGCAGUCACAAACACAUCUGAUGCCUGAAUGAGACAAACACACAGGCUCUGUAACCUGAACCAGGGACCUAGUCUUCUAGUGGAGUCUCUUUCUCUCCGCCUCUGAUUCAUUCACUUGCUCUGCUUCACCGAGCAGACCUCACUCUCUUCCUCCUCCUCCUCCUUCUUCUUCCCCCUUUACACUCUUGAGCUCAGGAAAGGGAAAGUGCUUGUGUGAAACCUGAGGAUCACUUGCAGGCUGAGGCAGCAGCGAGAUCUACUUCGUAUUUUAGCUUCAAGCAAAGCUUCAAGCCAUGUGUACACCAAGCAAGGGGCCCCAGUGGAAAAACAACUUGCAGCACAUUCGCAAAGACCAUGGCUUCUCCAGGAAGGUCCUUCUCAACUGCUGCUUGGUGCGACGCAUCAUCACCUGGGCCUCCCCAAGCCCCAAAGACAGCGUUGAAGAUGAGCUCGAGCUUUCGACAGUGCGUCAUCGUCCUGAAGGCCUGGAGCAGCUCGAAGCACAGACCCGUUUCUCCCGUAAGGAGCUUCAGAUCCUUUACCGCGGCUUCAAAAACGAAUGCCCCAGUGGAGUCGUCAAUGAAGAAACUUUUAAAGACAUCUACUCACAGUUCUUCCCACAAGGAGAUGCUUCGACGUACGCUCACUUCCUGUUCAAUGCAUUUGACACGGAUCACAACGGCUCUGUGAGUUUUGAGGAUUUUGUCAUGGGGCUUUCCAUCCUCCUGAGAGGCACGGUCCAAGAAAAACUCAUCUGGGCUUUCAAUCUUUAUGACAUCAAUAAAGAUGGAUACAUAUCUAAAGAGGAAAUGCUGGACAUCAUGAAGGCCAUCUACGACAUGAUGGGUAAAUGCACCUACCCCGUCCUCAAAGAGGAGACGCCCCGUCAGCAUGUGGAAAUAUUCUUUCAGAAGAUGGAUAAGAACAAAGAUGGAGUAGUAACCAUAGAUGAGUUCAUCGACUCUUGCCAAAAUGAUGAAAACAUCAUGAGAUCAAUGCAUCUCUUUGAGAACGUUCUUUAACUCGUUGGACACCCAUGGAGGCUGCAGGAGAACGGCAUCUUUAGCAUGGCUCGGUUCCUGACCUGGACUUUUACUGUGUACAGUGUGCUAUGCAGACUUUUAACCAUAGAUGAAAUAUUGUUCAUAAAUGUGGGCCAGCGGUAGGAGUAGGCAGCAUGGCAUGAACACUCUGGAACAAGCUUCUUUUGAAACGAUUCUUGGCAUAUAAAAGACAAACUUUUUUUUUUUUUUCAAUUCUUAUAGACUUUGGAGUGAAAAUUCUAAAGAAAAGAAAAAAAAACAGUUAUUUAAUGAAGUAGAAAUAAUGCUUUCUUUUUUUUUUUUUUUGCUACUAUGUCAUUUUAUUUGCUGCCAACUGGACACACUGUGACUUCUUUAGCAUCCAAAACCGAACACAAUUUAAGUCAACCUCCUCCCUCCUCAGUUCCAGAGUGUUCUGACUUUAUCUUCUGAUUGAAGCAUUUCGAGAAAAAAGUUACUAUAGAAACAGGAUAAGAACUCUUCGACUUUUUUUAGACUUUGUCCAUGUUUACUUGCCAACUAAAAUAGGAAAACACAAGGAUUGUAUUGAUGUCAAAUUUGGACCAUAAUGUGGACAUUUUCUCUACGGAAGCACAAAGGUAGUUAUUUUACCACGAGUUUCAUGUUAGACGACGUUAUCUUUAUUAUAAGGAGGAAAGGAAAAAUGCUGCUUUAAGUUUUUUUAACCUGAAUGAUUUCUGCAAACCACUUACAAACAUGUUUUUACUUCCGUUUUGGACUUUUCAUGAAGAAGCAGUGUUUGAAGUUGUUUAUAUGGUAUUAUGGCCAUUGUACAGACGCUUGUUAGAUGUACAGUAUUAAAGAUGAAUUCCAUCUGG